ACUACAAAUUCGAGGCAAGUCAGUGCUGACCCGAAAAAAACCCUGUGUAAACUGAUUUGAAGUCAGUACAGUGGCUUGAAGUCAGCGCUGACUUGAAUAUUCGGACACGAAUAUUUUAAAGUCAGUUGGCGCCCCCCGCCACCCGCGCACCCCCGCGCCAGCCAAAUAAACUCCGUGUAAACAGACAAGCCAGUGCGUGGUUAGUCACUGUCGCUGCGUUGUAGAGUGACCACGUUUUUUUCGCUGGCGAUAAAAAUGACGCGUAAGCUUAGCGAAGACGAAACCUUAAAAUUGGUGCAAUUAUAUGGCGAAAACGAGUGCCUUUGGGAUAUUAAAUCCCUAAAUUACCGCAAUAAAGAAAUGCGGUCAACAGCGUUGCAAAAUAUGGCUCAACAAAUGCAAAUCCAAGGGCUCACUUCUACUGAAGUAAAAAAUAAAAUUAAAGCCAUAAGGGCUACAUAUUAUUUAGAGCUCGACAAGAUACAAAAAUCCACCAGAUCUGGCGCUAGUGGGGACGUAUAUGUCCCAAAAGUCAAGUGGUUUCAAGAACUGGACGGCUUUAUAAAAAAUGCUAUUGUAAAAAGGAAAACAAUGGAUAACUCAGGAACCAGCAACGAUGACGCUGAGUUGGGUGAAGCUGAGGGUGUUGGUGACGGAGCUGAAAAUGUAUCAAGAUCUACUGAAAAUAAUGAUAAUUCUACUGAAACGCCAACUCAAGCCAUCCAGACGCCAGUUCGAAAUUCUGUGAUAGCUCCCAAUCAACCUGGGCCUCCGCGAUCAAAACGCUCCAAAAUAUCUCAGAUGGCCGCCAUGAUAAAGGACUUAAAAAGUGUGUCAAAUGAUGUUAAAAUGUCACCAUCUGAAGAAGAGUCUGACGCUGAUAUUUUCGGUAAACAUGUGGCGGCUCAACUAAAAAAACUGUCUGAAGAACAAUCUGUUAUUGCACAAGAAGAGAUCCAAAAAAUAUUAUCUAAAGCUAGAUUGGCUAAUAUACAACAAAAGAAGUAUACAGAAAAUGCACACUCUUCAUCCCCUAACUAUAUUAUCCCUAGUCCGGCAGCAACUACAACAAGCAGCACAAGUAGCAUGGGAUUUUACUCCCUGGAGCCCAACCCAAUGACUGCAUCAAGCGACAACACCAUAACAUUUUACCCGCCAGAGGUUGCCGAGCCUGCCACUAGCAACAGCUCUUUAGGAUUUCAUCCUUCCGAUCGAUCAACGAACCCCACAUUUGUAAACCCCAGGCAGGUUAUUAUUACACCCUCAGGUUUGAAUUACAACACCACGAUCAACGAAGAAGCUGAAAGUGAAAAUAACACUGCUGUUAACACGAUUAUGCGUGCUUAUGAAAAUUCUUAAUACUAUUUUGAUGUUGUAUUUCUUAAUUUUCUAAUAAUUUAAUAAUAAAAAUUUUCUUACCUUAAUAUGUGUUUUUAGUGCCGUAUAUAUUGCCCAACACACUUCUGGUAUUAGUUUAGAAAUUGCUGGUUUUGAGACACGAUAAAAGUGACUAAGGAACCGAUAGUACAUUCCUGAAGCCAAAAAUGUCAGCGUUAUUUCCAGUUUAAUUUUGGCUGGUAAAGCAUCUCUCAUGAAUGUAUCAUGUCGUUGAAUAGAGCUCGAUAUCAUUGACAGCAAUUCGUCAAAAUUCUGUGGUGACAUCCUCAUAGCCAGUUUGUACUCCGCAGGAUCUUCAAAUCGCAAUUGCUUCAGCAACAAAGCAGAGCCACCAGUUUCGUUUCUAUCGUCAAUCCAUUUUCUUACCCAUUGUCGUUUAUUUUUAGUUGUCUCAUUUUCUACCAUUUCUAUUAACUCAUUCAACAGCAAAAUUGAUAAAUUUUUCAACAAAUAAUUAAAUCGUCGUUUCAGUUGUUUUCGCGAAUUCAUUUUUCCCACUGACUUCACACACGUGUGCUCACCGUGAGAAACGCACCACUACUACUUUACUUCAUGUAAACAGUUAAAGUCAGUCGCGGCGCCGACAUUGGCGCUGCG